AACUAUUUUUAAAUCUCGGCUGGCUUUUUCGUUGUUUUGCAAUUUUGAAUUCCUAGGCUCCGUUGAUGUCAGAAAAUCUUUUCACGGAAUACAGCAGUGAAGGUUUUCUUCCUCCUGAAAUGGAAGCAUGGUGCUUGCUUCCAGAACCGUAUGACACUUGCGUCCUGCCGCUGCAAACGACACCGAAUCAAAGAUACAAAUAGUCGAUACUGUCAUAAACGGCACACGAAAUGACGACCAAUAUGAGCGACGACGACGAGGACUUUUGGAGAGAAUUGGCCUCGGACAUUGCCAAUGGAUUGAACAACGAGAGCGAAUUGGACGAGGAGGGAUCGGUAGAAUCGUCCUCGUCCCUGGAAUUCCUUGGCGCACACAACCCGCCAAAGCCCGGCACGAAGCCGAAAUCAAAGCCAAAAAAGAAGAAAUGCAACGACGAAACCAGUCACUACCACUGCUACUGUCUCCGCUCCCUCGAUCCGAGGCACCCGUUCAAAAACUACGUCGGCUUCACGACCGACCCCGGCCGCCGGCUCAGGCAGCACAACGGGAUCCUCAAGCACGGCGGCGCCUGGAAGACCAGGCGCGGGGGUCGCCCGUGGGAAUUCGUCGUCGUGGUGGCCGGCUUUCCGACGCACACCAUGGCGCUGCAGUUCGAGUGGGCCUGGCAACACCCCCACAAGUCCCUCCUGGUCCGGGCGGUUCUGGGCGACGAAAACGCCAAGAAGGUCAGGCGCAAGCGCGGGACUCCCGGGCAGCUCUGCAUCCUCAAAACGCUCCUGGAACACUGCCCCAAGCUCUACGAUUGGAACGCCCUGGCGCUCUACUUUUUCAAAAAGGACUGCAUGGCUCUCUACGAAAAAGCGAUCGCGGUGCCGGCCCUGCCCCCUCCGAUCGUCGCGGCCAACCUGGCCGCGCUGGAGGGCGGCAAGAGGGGCAAGGUUGCCAAGGGGGCGCAGCAACAAGGCUCUGGCCGGGGGGAACCUUGCACAUCCAAGGAUCCCUCGGGCGGAGGCGCCCCCGUGCCGCCUCCGGCCGUCUCGACAAAGCUUAUUGCCUCGCUCGAAAAGAUGCCCUUUUCCGCGGCGCGGAACCGAGGGACCUCGCGGGGGAGGGGUUCCACCGCUGCCGGAGGCGGGGGCUGCGACAACCGUACCCAAGGGUCGGAAGCAGACCGCGGUGGCACGCCCUUCGGUGGCAACAGAGAUGGCCACAAAGACCAAACCGCCGGCCUAGGCGAUCUCUACCGCCGAUGCUGCGAUUUCGGACUGUCGGACGAAACGUCCUCGUCGGAGGACGACGAAACCAUAAGAAACGGCGACAGACGACGGCUCCGGAGACGACGAAGAGAGCGUGCUGUCACGCCUUGCCCUGCUCCGUGUGCUGUGCCUCCUACAAGCAUCGCUAACAAUUCACAAGAAACGGAGAGUGACGAAGAUGUUUUGUUGCUGGCGGACAGCAUGAGAGAAAUAGGCAUGAAACCAAAAGGCUCGGGCGAAAAAUGGGACGAUAUUUUGAGUUUUUCUUCGUCGUCGUCGUCUUCCUCCUCCUCUCGAGAUUUCGCGGUUCAGCGCAUUUCUACCGUACCAACUGCUCAUGGCAAGGCAGAUCGAACCAAACCGAAUCGGCGGACUUUGGUGUCGGGAAUACCAUCGUUUUCCGGAACAGAGGACAGCGAUGGCGUUGUGGAAAGAAAGACGUGUGCACUCCCACUCGAGAACAUCACCAACCGUGGUUCCAAUGGCAGCACCCUGAAAAAUUCGAUCCCAAUCUCUGCGGGGCAACGAGAAAACAAGGCUUUCGCAUCGGACGACCAAGACAGCGCAAACGCCGAUGACGGUGCAGAUUCCUGGACGAUUUUCACGGACGAUGAUUCGUCGGGGGUUGGUCCGAGUGGCAAAGAGAUUGCUUCUCGCUGCGGGCGCAACGGAGACCGCGGCGUGCUUCCCUCUCUGGCGCUCGAGUCGCCCACCUUGUCGUCACMGAUUUCCGGACGCCCAAUCAAGACGAAACGCCUGUCCAUAGUCGAUCUCUGCACUCCGUGAGAACCAAAAGAAGAACAGGAAUCGAAUGACAAACGUUAAUCAAUAAAAAUCUGCUAU